AUGGGAGAUGGGCUUCUUUUGACUGGGGAGGUGUUGAGGAAGAAAUGGAGGGUUUUUGCGGCAAAGUUUGGGGUGCUGGAGGCUGACAGGCUGCCGCUGAGCGCAGGCUGGCUGACAAGGUUCAAGCAGACAUUGAGGCUGAAGGCCAUCAAGAGGCACAGGGAGGCGGCUUCAGCGGGCGGGGAGACUUUCCCCCCGGAUCAUGGCCUAGCAAACAAGAAACAAUCGGGUGUGAAAGGGGACAAGAAAUGGCUCACAUAUGCAUUUACAGCCAAUGCAAUGGGCACUGAGAAGCUACCCCCUAUUGUCAUCAGAAAGGCCUGGAAACCACGUUGCUUUGGGGAAAAAACUGGCAAACAGCUGGGCUUUGAUUACCACAACAAUGGAAUGGCGUGGAUGGUUGCUGAAGUGUAUGGAAACUGGCUGAGGGAUUGGGAUGAAAAGCUGUGUUGCCAGAACCGUAGGAUCCUUCUCCUUCAAGGCAACUUCUCUGGUCACAUUGUUCCUGAUGACCUCCAGUGCAUUCGCGUUGAAAAAUUUUCACCCAAUCUCACCGCACAUGUGCAGCCCAUGGACCAGGGCAUCAUCAUGUCUUUCAAGGCUAACUACAGAGCCUUCUUUACUGAACGCUCCAUUGAUCACUACAACAGUGGCAUCACUCCUGGCAACAUCUACAAGAUCAAUCAACUCGAGGCCAUGCGUCUAGCUGACCAAGCAUGGCAUGCACAUGUUGCAGGUAGAUACACUCGACAACCUCGACAUAGCGGACGUGUGAAUAGUCCGAGGACUUCGUGCCAGCGGACGUCGGCCGGGGUUAGAGCAAUCUCGUGUCGGCCAACAUUUGAAUCAAGUAUAGUGCAUGAUAUAAAAGAUAACUGA